GCCUACUGUCUCCUAUCUCUUGUAAAAUACCCGACGACCAAAUACCGUACAUUACAGAACAAUUGAUGAUGGGAAAGUAUCAUUUUCAAGUAAUAUGAGGUUUACAGACAGGUGUUCGACUCCAAUACACCUCCAAGUCACGAUGGCACGGUAACAUACUUCACUUUGAAGUCAAUGCCAUUUUUAUUCGCCAUGCUUGCGACAGUUGUUGUCAUCGUCAGACCCUGUUUAGCCCCUUGGUCCCCCACAUCGGAGGCUGGUUGUGUCAUCCACCCCUCGGAUGUUGAAAUCGGGAACGGCCCGUUAGCGAACGUCUACCAGAUCACCACCCAAGCUCGUCGGCAUCGAGAGCGGAUGAAGACCGCAAUGUGUCCAAACCUCUUCGGAUGGCAAAAGUCAAAAUGCAAGGAUAAAACUUUGCGGGAAGAACGAGAGGCCCUUGGUUUAAAAAGGUAGGUGGAAGCCAGCACGAUUCCUUUGAUGAGCUCACAGUGCAGCACCCUUGAUCGAGACCUGCCCGUCUUACACGUCUUACACCG